UGUCCGGUAGACGCGGAGGGGGAGGAGAGAGAGAGAGAGAGAGAGAGCUCCACUGCAGUUGCUGCAGAGCUUUUCAGUGGAACGAGCGAAGGUCGCAGAAGGGGAAUUUCGUGGAGGAGGAGGAAGAGACGAGCGAGAGAGGAGAAGGAUGUCGUCGUUGUUGCAGUCAUUUCUCGAUCCGAAGAAGAACUCGUCCGCAGCUCAUCACGUGAAAGCCGCCCUCUCCCGGCGCCUCCGCAACUGUGGGUAUAGAUGUAAUGAGGUAGAGUCCAAAGAGGUUUUCAAUCGGCUGCCGAGAGAGACUGUGGAUGCUCAGAACCAUGGCCUCAAGCGUGCCAUGGAUCUCUCCGCAAGCCCUGGGUUCCUCCCCCAAAAUCUGCAGGCUAUGCAAACUCCAUUCAGAAGCUCCCUGCUUGCUCAUGUAAAGAAGGAAGCAGGACAAAUUCCUGUCUUCCAUCAGGCUCGCUUUUUCUCUUCGGGGGCAGCAGAACAGAAACAUAGUGAUCCAACUGAUACUAAAAUGAAUAUCCUUCGGCCGCUAUCUCCUCAUCUUCCUGUCUAUAAGCCACAGCUUAAUUCGACGCUCUCAAUUACCUUUAGGAUCUCAGGGAUGUUCCUGUCCGCUGUUGUUUUUUCCUUCUAUCUCAUCUAUCUGAAAAUGGGUCCGAUCUGCCUCUCCUUCAAUAGCUUCUACCAGUUCUUGUUCUACUCAUCGAAGCUCCACCUGGUAACCCUUGAGCUGUCUGCUUUAGCCAUUGCAUAUCAUAUCUGGGGCGGGAUCCGUCAUCUGCGGCAGGAUUUCGGGGGACUCAGAGGAAAAAGAUUGAAGUGACUGCAAGAGUUUCACCGGUCUCAUGAAAUAAACCGGGGGAUUGCUUGUCUUAUGAAAUAAGUGUAUAAGCUGCGAUUGCUCUUUUGUUCAAAACCUAUAUCAGGCUAUAGACUUAUGCACGCAUCUCCCUGGCAGGAAGGAACCAUUUUCUUCGGGACGGGCCUAAAGCGGGGUUCCACUGUUUUUCUUGAAUCUGUUUGUACAAGCUGUGAAUUGUGGUUGGCUUUCCUAGUUUUUUAAUUUACUAGAGUUCGAGUGUGACAUUCGGGGGACUUGGUGCAUGCCAUCUAAUUCGGCGAAUGUCAGAUGAUUUUAUUUCUUGUUCUUCCGUCA